GUCCCUGGAGGAUCGUAGAUGACUGUGGUGGAGCCUUCACCAUGGGUAUCAUUGGAGGAGGCAUUUUCCAGGCUGUCAAAGGAUUUAGAAAUUCUCCCCAAGGCAUUAAUCAUCGUAUGAAGGGCAGCUUAAAUUCUAUAAGAACUCGUGCGCCACAACUGGGAGGUAGCUUUGCAGUGUGGGGAGGCCUCUUCUCCAUGAUUGACUGCAGUCUGGUAAAGGUUAGAGGAAAGGAGGAUCCUUGGAACUCUAUCACCAGUGGAGCCAUGACUGGGGCAAUUCUGGCUGCCAGAAAUGGUCCUGUAGCCAUGGUGGGAUCCGCUGCAAUGGGUGGCAUACUUCUUGCUCUCAUAGAAGGAGCAGGUAUCCUGCUAACGCGAUUUGCCUCAUCACAGUUUGCAAACGGUAGGUUAAAUCGGUAUUACAAUGUAAUAGAUAUAACAAGGGUGGGUUUUACACAUACUACAGUACACAAUAACAAGUACUGUACCUGCAGUUGUGCAGAAAAACAGCAGUAA